AUGCACGGAAAUAGUUUUACGCCAAGGUCCUACACAGAAAAUUCUUCUGAAGAAAAUAAGUUCAUUGACCUCGCAGACAACUUCCAUCGCCAAUUUAAAUUUCUUUAUCCUGACAGAAUUCGACCGCCUCUAUAUUUAGAGAACGAAAAUGGUAUUAAGAAACUUAUUUGCACUUCCUUAUGUCCUCACAAUGUUAUUAUGCCAAAUGAGAUUAGAGAAUGGGAGUACUGUGCAAAUUUUUUCUCGGACUAUUUAGACUAUGUUGUACUAAAUCCAGUAGUUGAUUACCCGAAGAUACUUCCUUCUUUAGAUUACCUUUUGAGAAAGAAGAAAGCAAACAGUCUCGAAACGAGCAUGCUGCUUUGUACCUUUUUACUGUCUUCCGGAUAUGACGCCUAUGUUGUUCAAGGAUAUGCAAGAAGACAUAUUUGUGAAAAACUUCAAAAUGAUAUGCCUAGUCCAGAUUUUAAGUUCAAAGGUAAAAUGCUUUCUGCAACCGAAACUGAUAGCUCACCCCCAGAAGAGGAAUCGAAAAUGAGUAAAUAUUGCAUUAAUUUUGAAAAAGAGAGGAAACUUUGGUUGGAAGGCAAACAAACAGUUGAAUUUCAAAAGGAAAUCAAAGUUGAAGCUGAGGACAAACAGGAAAUUCCAGAUGAAUUGUUUGGAAAACGAGUUCACUUCUGGGUUUUAAUUUGUAACUGUAAAAAUAACGAAAAGUUUUUUAUUGAGACAUCGACUGGAGAGAAAAAAUUACCUGAUGAUUCUGACUACAAACUCUAUUCCUAAAUAGUCAGUGACUAUUUAGGAAUAGAGUUUGCGUGGAACGACAGAAAUUUUUGGUAUCAUAAGAAAAUUUCUUUGGAAAACUGCCAAGAUAUAAGCUAUGAUUUUGACGACGAGCUGCAUUGGGAAGCAUUCCUUCCUAAUUUUAGCUUGGAGAACCUUUCUUCUGGUAAUAAUCUACACCUUCGAAUGCCACAGACAUGGCUUUAUGAUAUAGAGAUAACAGAAGAACAAGUUGAAAACAGGUAUCCUUCGGGUGGUAAAGUGACAAAAUACAAAACAGCUAAAUUAGAAAAAUAUAAUUCAAGAGAGCUUAAAGAUGGACUUGUAUACAAAGUAACUCAUUACGCCACAGAAACUUCGGAAGGACCUAAAAUUUCGUAUUCAUUCUAUGAGGGACGAAAAGAUUGUUUAGAAUACAGAAUGGUAAAUUAUGAUAAAGGGAAAGUAAAAGAAAAAUUUUCCAAGGGGUAG